AUGCAGGCAGGCGGCGCCGGGCCCCGCCGCAGCCCCACCCGCGCGCUGCGAGCCACCCAGAAAUUCCGCCACGGCCGGAAGGAUUUCAGCAGCGGCUGCUCGCCUCGAGCCGGUACGGACAGCCGCUCUGAAGUUGCUGUGGGAACCCAAACUCAAAGCCCUCAGAAGGCGGCCCGGAGCGCGGCGCGCGCCCAGCAGCUGGGCCGGCACUGCCCGCGGCUGCCACCGCACCGCCCGGAGCCGCACGCGGCCGGGAGCGCAGCCGGGCGGCACCCGGGGGCUCUCGGCCUCCCGCCGCCGGGCCGGGCACACGUGUCGCUGCCGACCUCCUCCCCCCCCCCCAACCACCACGGAACGGCGGCGGAUCGGCCCUCGGCCCGACUCUCCCACUUUCGUUUCCAACUCGCGCUCGCGCGAAGCCCGGCCCGGCCCCGGGGACUUUACCCCCGGCCUCUGCCCCCGCGCCCCUCCGUGACCCGGCGCGCCGCCAGCGGAGCGGUGUCAGGCUCGGCAAACUUUCCGCCGAGGCAGGAAACAAUAAGCGCGGAGCUCGGCCCCGGCCGCCUCCCCCCCAACCCGGCCCGGAGCCCCCCGGGAGCGCGGCUCCCCCCGCCGCGGCGGAAGGGCCGGGGCCGUGCGCGCGGCGGGGCCCGGAGCGCCGAGCUCCCCCCGGCGGCCGCCCCGCUCCCCCCGCCGCCGCCGCCAGAGGGGUCCCGGCCUGGCGGGAGGCCCAUCCCGGGCCGCUCCGAGGCCGCGGCGCCGGCGAUCGGGGAGCGGAGGGCGGGGAGCCGGCGCCGGGCCCGGCGGAGCGGCGGACGGAAACGCCGCGAAGCGCGAGGAACGGAGGUGGGCGCCGCACUCACCGGCCAGGCCUCUCCCGCUGCCUCCUGCGGCCCCAGAACCAUAACAAAGCUCUGCCCAAAAUGGCUGCCCGGCCCUGCCCGGCCGGGGGCCGGAGGGGGCGGGGCCUGCGAGCGAGGGGGGCGGGGCCGGGAGUCGGAAGGGACACGCCCACUUGGCUCCGCCGGCGGCCACGCGGAGCGCCCCCCCCAUCCCCGGCGCCCGCCGUCCCCAGCGGGGAGAAGGGUGCGCGCGCGCGCCCCCCCGCCCCACCAAUCAGCGUCGUCCUGGCGGCCUCCGGGGCGCCGCGAACUACUACGAGUCCCAGAAGGCCCCGCGCCGAGCCGAGCCGUGCCGCGGGGCAGCCUGGGAGCCGUCUUCCAGCGCGGCGCCCUGCGCCCGUCCGCGUGCGCAAGUUGA